AUGCCUGCAAAGUCAACUUUUUCUCUCGAUGAUGUACCAGCUGCGAUAGCUGCUAGAUUUGACGAGGCCCAAAAAUCUCUAGCCAAUCACCGGAAAAACUGCGUCGCAUUACACAAACUCCAUGUUCAAGCUUCCAGAGUCAAGGAUCCUGGGAAGAAGAAUGAGGAUGCAUUGACGGGAGAAUGGGCUUUUGGCGAUGCCUUCAUUGAUAUGGUCAACAGAACUCUUGCUAUGAAGAAGGGAGCAUUCGCAGAUCGUAUCGUUCGAUUUGUGGGUAGUUAUGUGAAGAUGAUGAACGACAAGGGUGAGUCGCACUCACAAUGCACCGAGGAAACAUUCGCUUCAAGAUUUGUUACUCGACUCUUGGAAUGGUUGUUCCAAGGCUUCAAGGCAAAGAACAAAAUGGUUAGACAGAGGUCAAUACAGCUGGUGAUAGAGAUGAUGGCAAACUUUGGAGAGAUCGAUGAAUCCACUUAUAAUCAACUUCGUGAUAAUCUCAUUGAGCGGUUGUGCGACAAGGAGCCAUUGAUUCGUGCUCAUGCUGCCAUCGCGCUUUCCAAACUCGUUGGGACCGAGGACCCAGAGGAGCUCAAACAGGGAGAGAAGACUUGCCUGGACUUACUAUUAGAGUGUACACAAUACGACACCGCCCCUGAAGUACGCCGAGCCGCACUUAUCAAUCUCCCUGUCACGCCCGAAACACUUCCGGUCAUCAUAACACGCACAAGGGACACGGAUACCCUUACGCGGAAGCUGGCGUAUAGCUCGGUGCUCGAACCAAAGCUCGGUCAUCCUCGACAUUUGACUAUUGCUCAGAGGGAGGAUAUCACCAAGGUUGGUUUGGGUGAUAGGGAAGCAACCGUUCGGGUAGCUGCAGGCAAUAUGAUAACCAAAUGGCUGGAUAUUGCUAUGAGUGAGCAAGAUCCACCUGGUCAACCCCCGGAGACGUGGGUAGGAGAUGACGGGGGUGUGAUGAAGGGAUUUAUCAACUUUUUGACAUUUUUCGAUGUCGUUGGCCCCGGUGAAGCUAUCGCAGUCGACGCAAUGCUUUCCGUGUUCACUACAAAGCCAGCGCUUCUAGACGCAUUCGUUUUCAACGAUGACUUUUGGGCGAACCUUAUACCCGAGUCCGCUGUUCUCGCUCGUGUGUUUGUCGAUCAAUGUCUACAGUCCAAGAGCGAAAAUCGUUUGGAAGACGCUGCAAUACCAGUCGUCACUGCUUUUGCUUUUCACAUUCAAGAAGCCUACAAUGCAUUGCUGUCAUUGAUGCAGGAGAUGGACUUUUUGCAAAUCGGGGAACCGGACGAUGAAGAGAGUGAGGCGAGAGAGGAGGAACUAGCAAAAAAGGAGCUAAUUCUCGGAGAAUUACUGAGAAUAGCGUUGAAUUUGGAUUACAUGGAUGAGAUUGGAAGACGGAAAGUGUUUUCCGUUGUCAAGGAUAUGCUCGCACAUCCACACCUUCCGCCAGGACUCAUUGAACAUUGUCUCGAUGUUUUGUCGAAAAUACUCCCAUCCGAGCGCGAAUUGAUUCGCAUAGUGGUUGAAAUUAUCAUCGAGCUUCGCGAUGAUGAUGAAGUCGAACCUGUCAUUGAUGAUAAUUUUGACGGUAGCCGCUCAGAUAUCACUCAGAAAGAACGAUCUAUGCGAAGAAGCAAGGAUCGACAUGAAAUGACUCCCGAAGAACAACAACAGAAUGAUUUGACUGACAUGCGUUGUCUUGUGCUUUGCAUCGGAAUGCUUGAGCGGGUCAACGGAACUUUCGAAGACAACUCAACCCUUGAAGGUAUUCUCACUGAUCUAAUCGUGCCUGCAGUCAAACGUAAGGAGCUUGCACUCCGCGAGAAAGGCCUAGUUGCUUUGGGGUUGUGUUGCCUCAUCGCGCAUAACAUGGCAACAAACUCGUUCCAGUUAUUCUUAAACCAGGUGCAAACCGCACCUGAGGAUUUGAAACUAAAGGUCCUCCAGAUUGUUUUUGACCUGUUAGUCGUGUACGAUCGCGAUUUUUUGGGAAGGUCAGAGGAGAUCUCACGUCAAAUUAUCUCCUUCAUUCUUCAAACUCUUGACUCGGAGGAAUCUCCCGCCAUACAAUCCGUGCUUUGCACAGGAAUGUGUAAACUCCUUCUUUUGGGGCAGGUCACGGAUUCAAAGGUUCUUCUAAGCCUCGCACUGAUCUACAUCUCUCCAUCGACAAUGGACAACGCCGAGCUGAAACAGUGUUUAUCGUAUUUCUUUCCGGUGUAUUGUUACUCAUCUAGGGAGAAUCAGAACAGAAUGCAGUCGAUUUUCAGCGAGGCGUUUGACCUUGCCUCGCGGAUGCACGAAUAUCUCGAGGAUGAACAGAAAGAAGACCCGAAAUUGGUGUCUUUACACCAGUUUGGACUCUUGAUGAUCGACUGGACGGAUAUGACGAAGUUGGUAGAAAAAGUUCCUCCACCCAAACCCUCCGAUCGCAACCCGCAUGCCGAUUUAGCUCUGCAACUCCUCUUGGCAUUGUAUGAUUCGGAACGGAGCGAUGACACCAGGAAGGCGUUCUGCCAAUUCCUGGGGCAAUUACAAUUCUUUCCCUCGAAAGAGCUAGGGUUGGAACUGGACAAUCGGACUGUAUUGAAGUUGAAUAUCCUGAUAGAGAAUUUGCAAGAAGUGAGUAAUCCUACUCAAAGCCGAAUGUUCUUGUCUUCAUGCUGUACACUGUAG